GGGGCGGGGUUGUCGAUUUUUGAAAAACGUGGCGGCGGGAAAGGCCUCCCGAGUCGCUUUCUUCGCCUUGGAAGGGGAGAGAAAUUGAAUAUUCUUUGGUAGGAGUGAGGGGGGAAACUGAUUCGUCGGGUGGUCGCCCGCCCGCCCGCGCCGCCGCUUCUCGUUCGAGUUUCUGACUCAGCGGGAGCCAAUGGCGAAGCAGCAGAGCAGGGAGCAAGGCAUCACCCUGAGAGGCAGCGCGGAGAUUGUGGCGGAGUUCUUCUCAUAUGGCAUCAAUAGUAUUUUAUACCAACGUGGGAUCUAUCCUGCUGAAACCUUCACACACGUUCAGAAAUAUGGACUCACUAUGCUUGUAACAGCAGACUCUGAACUUAAAAACUACCUGAAUAAUGUGGUGGGGCAACUGAAAGAAUGGCUCCAUGACUGCCUGGUUCAACGGCUAGUAGUGGUGAUCUCUAAUAAAGAAACGAGUGAAGUUCUUGAAAGGUGGCAGUUUGAUAUUGAAUGUGACAAAAGUGCAAAGGAUGAAAAUGUCCCAAGACAGAAAUCUCAGAAAGCAAUACAGGAUGAAAUUAAAUCUGUUAUCAGGCAAAUAACAGCUACUGUGACGUUUCUUCCACUAUUAGAAGCUACCUGUGCAUUUGACUUACUAAUUUUCACAGACAAGGACUUGGAAGUGCCAGAAAAAUGGGAGGAAUCAGGACCACAGUUUAUUGCCAACUCAGAAGAAGUCCGUCUUCGUUCCUUCACAACCACAAUACACAAAGUAAACAGUAUGGUGGCCUACAAAAAGGACACUUUUCCAUGACAUAACAAAUAACACUGUACAUAAAUGUCCUCUUGUAAAGUUUCUGAGCUAGUUGUAAUUAAUUUCUAAAUAGAUCCUGUCACUAUUGUUCUGUUGCAGUCUAGAUACAAAUAUGUAAAAUGUACAUAUUUCAUAUUUUGUCAAAUUCCCUAAGACUGAUGCUUUACCAUAAGGUAUCUUCCAUAUAUUCCAAAUUGCACAAGUCUGUAAUUUGUCUAUGGGUAAGCAAUCAGGUCAAUACACCAUUCUGCUUUUAAAAUACUGAGUGGGUGAUCUAGAAUCACAGUCUUAAGAAUUGCACUGUGGAUAUAUUGCCAAGAAUCCUGGAAUCUUUCUUUUAUUAUGUAACAGAAUUCUCUUUUCUUGAUUUCUACCUAAUAGUAGUUGUAAUUUGGAAGUGGGAGGGAUGUCUAUUUUAAUGUGUUUUGUAGAAUAAAGUUUCAAAACAUAAAAUGUUCAAGAAAGCUAUUAGUUUUUUCUUGAGCUUUAUAACUGGCUUAUAUAGGUUGGGUUCAAAGUAUCCUAGAAAUAAAUAUACUUCAUAUUGCCCAAUUGUGUAUAUAAAUGCUUUGAAUUAAAACUGUUGACAUAAUAUGUAAGCCAGAUUUGGGUCCAGUUGUGAUUCUGCCAUUGUAGGAAACUCCCACAACGUAAGGCCAGGUGCUGGGUUUUGAACACUGUCAAUCUCCUAUGACUCUUGAUAAACUUUUUGAGUUCAUAAUCCUCAAGUAUAGUACAGGACAUGGUUCUGAUGACUGGUACAACAGGGAUAUUAGUAGCAAGCAGUUUAUUGGCCUUGCAUGAAAAAAACCUGUCUCCAAAUUACCAUUAAAUACAAUCUUGGCCAACUACCAGUAGUAAAAACAAGAGCGU